UUAGAAAAAGUAUCCACAUUGAAUAAAUUAUGUCCAACCAAUUAAAUAGUGUUGGUGUGCUUCCAAUUUUCUCAAACUCACACCCAUCAAUCAUCAUAUAUAUCACCAAACACAUAACUUCUUUUGUGUUGGAUCUCUAAUUUCAAUUUCUCCAUCUAAGAGACAAAACAAACAUAAAUUUAGUAUUGUGGUGUUUAAGGUUUAAGGUUUGUGUCGGUUCAAAAAAAAAUGGGAAGAAAAUGCUCACAUUGUGGAAACAUAGGUCAUAAUUCAAGAACUUGUAAUACUUUAAGAGGAUAUGGUAACAAUUUUCUUGGAGUUAGACUCUUUGGAGUUCAACUAGAUUUAUCAUCUUCAUGUGUUUCCAUGAAAAAGAGUUUUAGCAUGGAUUCUUUUCCUACUUCAUCUUCUUCUCCUUCUUCUUCAUUUUCUUCUUCAAGAUUAACCAUUGACGAUAGAGCUUCUAUUGGUUAUCUCUCCGAUGGUCUCAUAGUUCGAGCCCAAGAAAGAAAGAAAGGAGUUCCUUGGACGGAAGAAGAGCAUAGAAAAUUUCUUGUGGGACUUGAAAAGCUUGGAAAAGGAGAUUGGAGAGGUAUCUCAAGAAGCUAUGUGACAACAAGAACACCAACACAAGUUGCAAGCCAUGCUCAAAAAUACUUUAUAAGACUUUCAACUUUGAAUAAGAAGAAAAGACGUUCAAGUCUCUUUGACAUGGUUGGUAGCAUCAACACAAACACAACGGUUGAUUCAAUCAACAGGUGUAAAAGGCAUGAUGAUGAAGUUAAGAAAGAUGCAACUUUAUCACUUCUAAGAACCUCAUUUCAACAUCAAGAAACAAAAUCAACCCAAGUUGAAGUUUGUGCAGAAGAAGAACAUGAAGAUGUGCCUAAUUGGUUACAACCUUUAACAAAAUCUUUGAAUAUGACAUUGGUGAUACCAAAUUCUUCAAAUGCAACAACACCACCUGAUCUUGAGCUUACUCUUGCAGUUCCCAAGUCUAACAACAUGGAACAAGAUAAAACUUCCAAGAGUUCUUUCUUUAAUGGUCCAAUUAGUGUCACUUAAUUAGCUUUAACUAUUAUAAAAAGUUUAUAUAUUGCUCUCUAUUUUCUUAAGUACAUGUCUCUUUUGAAGACAAA